GCCGCCUCCAUGUGACGCCUUCCCGCGGGGAACGAGCGCCGGUUCGGCGCCGCCUCCGGUGACGUCAGCGCCUGCCAACGGCCGGGGCUUUCGGCAGCAACAGGCCUCCGGCCGCAGCAGGAAGGCGAGCGGGCCAUGUGGGGCAGGUCUGCGCGGCUUCUUGGCUGGGGUGGCUCUGUCUGCUGCUGUGGGCCGGCCAUGCAGUGUCCAGCUUGCAGGCGGAGGCGAUGGCGCGGGCGGGCAGCCCGGGCCGGGGGCCCGGACCAACAGCACCAACAGCUCCAGGCACGGCGGCGGGGGCAGCGACGGCGCAGGGAGACAAGGCGAGGGACGGACGGUGCCUAUAACACGAUGCCGGGCACCGAGCACACCAUGAUGAUCCAGCGGGCCCUCUGCGUGCUGGUGGUGGUCACGGCCCUGGUCGUCGUCUACUUCGUGGUGAGGACCAUCAGGAUGAGGAGAAUUAACAGAAAAAACCGCAAGUAUGGUAUACUGAAAACAAAUCUAGAAAACAUGGAAAUGAGGCCAUUAGAUCAGGAAGAUGAUGAAGAGGAUGAUACAUUAUUUGAUGUACAUCAUUCAAGAAGGUAGAUAAGAUGAAUCUUACUGUACAUUUUGCAAGAAAAUCAAAAGUGCACCGAAGUAUCAAGAUACCGCCUGUUUCUUGCUCUGCCAGAACAAGCUCUAAAUCUGUAUGGUGUAUUGCUAUAUACUGUGUAAUUGUACAGUAGUUUUGUAGCCCUGAUACCUUAAUAAAAAUGCACUAUUUUAAUAAGGUAAAAUGUUUCUGAUAUAGUUAUAAAUGAAAAUUGGGAAUUGUAUGCUUUCUAUUUUUAGUUAUUAAAAGUGACAAUUAUAAUCUUUAAAGUCUGUGCAAAAAAACCAAGAUGAAAUUUUCCCAGUUCUCUUGUACAUAUAGCAUUAUUCACUUUUUGAUUGAAGCAAUAUGAAAGCUUGGAUUUAAAAAAAAUCAUCUGUAUUUUCUGACUCAAACAUUGAUUUCAUUUUUAAGAUUGGGAUCAGAGUGCCAAUAUAACAAUGGUUCGGUUACAGGAAUUUUAAUAAAAAUUGACUAAGAUUUUAACAUCAAAGCAAUAUAAGUUACUGUACCUUGCAACACUUAUUUUACACUAAUGGAUAAAAUGUUGGAUUACAUUUUUGAUAUUGUAAAUACAGCAUGUUGGCACAUUAUAUAAAGACUAAAAUCUCAAACAUUUUGUACAGAAUAUGCAAUCUAGGGAAGUGUUUACAAAAUAACUGAAAGAUUUUGAUUUUUUUUUCCCCUUUUAAAAGAGAAUUGGAACCUGAAAGCUUAAGAUUGUUACCUUGAUGUUGAUCAGUGCUUUUCAAUUUGGUUAGGAAGCUGAUUUGUUGGUAAGUGGUAGUAGCCUUUUUAGCAAAAUUAUAGUUGAAUAAUAGCACUUUUGGAAAUGCUUCAAAGGAAAAUCAAAGGACCACUAUUGUGUUGUAUUACUGCUAAUUAAUAGCAUAAUAAUACAGAUGGCUUUGAUUCUCGAAAUAAAAGUCACCAAUUUCAUUUUGUAUCACCACAUUCCAUGAAGACAAGUUUGUGUUAGUAUUAAGAAUAUGUUUUGAGUCUUAUUUGAGUUUUUGUUUUUGAAAGUGCUUUCUCUUGUAUGAGUGUCUAGUUUCAGGGCUAGUUCUAAUCCUGUUUUUGUGAAUGUGAUAUAGACAUAUGUGAAAUCUAUUUUGUCUGUGUGUCAAUGAAAACUUAAAAGUGAAAACUUUCAUAACCACCGGAUACAGGUUCAGAUUCAUAGAUACAAAUCCAGAUAAACUCAGAAGAUAUCCAUGUUGAUCUGUGCAUUUUCAUAUGUAUUUUCAUUCUACUGGUGCUGUGAGACCUAUAAAUCAAAAGGUUAAAUCUAGCACCAGAGCUUUCACCAACUUGCUUCUUCCCCGUAAGUAGUAGAUCGUUUUAUCUCCCAGUAUGGAUCAUUCUUCAGCUUCAUUGCUAACCUUGCUCUUCUGAGUUAAGGUUCCAGUCUAGUGCUAUUAUUUGUUUUUUUUUUGUUGGUCAUUGAAUAAUGGCUGCAUCAAAUUGUGCCAGUUAAACCAUUUCUCUGGAAUACCAUCUAUAUUUCAUAGCAGAUCUCCCCAGAGUGCAAAGGAGUUGUUCCAGUAAACAAAGUCCUGAUUCCCUUUGAGAUGGGGAAAUAGAUUCCGUACCAUUGAAAAGCAAAUCACAGCUAUACCAGACCAGUUAUUGUCUUUUUUAUUGUGAAAGACAUCUUUGGAGUAUCCUAAAAACUAGCUCAAAGUUUUCAAUAUUUGGUUUAUUGUUAACUAUUCAAAAAUGUUACUAUGCUCCUUGCAUGUUUGGUGAUUAUAAUAUGAAGAAAGGAUCUAUCUUUGACAGAACAUUGGAAGUCAUAAAAUAAACACUACUGCAUGGUUUCACAGAUGUACCUAUGUGUUCAUGUUCAUAACUUGGACUUAGCCUGUGAAUGAAAAGUGAUUUUCUACUCACCUUGGAAAGAAUUAGUAAGCUGAAUUGUUAUGUCUGCUAAUUGUUGAAAAUUGCAUUUUGCUUUGUUCCAGUAGCAUUCAAAUCAAGCAGAGGAUUUUUCUCAUUUAAAUCUAUUAAUAGCACAACUACUAAACAUUUAUUUUCACUUCAUAAGAAAGCAAUUAACCCCAAAAAUAUUAGUAAAGGGUUAACUUCAUAUUCUGCUUUGCCAUACUAAUGUCACAGAAAGCUGGGUAACAGUCAUACAAAUCAUAAUACUGUCAUUAGAUCUUUGAAUCAGUGAUCUUGAAAAGAAUUUCUCUAAUAGCAUGAAAUGUAUUUAAUUGCUCUGGUGCAAUACAUUGAAGAGAUAUUCAACUCUGAUUGCCAGCACUAACUGUGAGAGAACAUUGAUUUCAGGGGAACAAAAUGUAUAAGUUGAGUGUGAAUUCAUUCUGCUACAAUAUGCUGGUAACCAUAUUGUAACUUCCUUCCAUUUCUGUAAUUUAUUAGCGAUGUAACAUAUUUGGAGAAAUGUACUAGGUUGAACAACUUUGUUAAUAAAGCUCGAUCAUUUUUUUGGCUUUGAUGUACAAA